GGACAACAUGCAUGUUAAAUUGGGGGUCGCUCUAGUCUGCAGCAGACUGGCGGGUGUCCCUUUAAGUGAAAACGAGCGCACCGGGCACCGCCCACCUCUCCGCCUCUGUCAUUACAUUGCUACAAACCAAACACAUAAACCAAAACCACAGCACCGACAGCUCGCUGGCUAACAAGUUAGUGAGUGUGUCCUCGUCCAGGCUAUAAUGGCAGCAGUUGGAGCCCCCGGGCCAAGGGCCUCCGACUGUGUGACCAAGGUGGCACUGAGCAUCUCCUGUGACAACCUGCUCGACAUGGAUACAUUCUCCAAGUCCGACCCACAGUGUAUGCUUCUCAUAAACAGCUCAGGGCCUCACUGGCAUGAGAUUGGCCGGACAGAGAAGAUCAUGAACUGCCUUAGUCCCAAGUUUUCCAAGACUUUUGUCAUCGACUACUACUUUGAGAUGGUGCAGAAGCUGAGGUUUGAAAUAUACGACAUUGAUAACGAAACCAGCACUCUGCAAGAUGACGACUUCCUGGGAGAACUGGAGUGUACCUUGGGACAGGUUGUAUCCUCAAGGAAACUAACAAAACCACUUGUGAUGAAGAACAAGAGACCUGCAGGGAAAGGGACCAUCACUAUAUGUGCUGAAGAAAGAUCAGACAACAGGGUGGUUGUAUUUGAAGCUGCAGGGAGAAAACUGGAUAAAAAGGAUUUCUUUGGCAAGUCCGACCCUUUCCUGGAAUUCUUCAGGCAGACAGAAACUGGAUGGCAGCUGGCUCACAGGACCGAGGUGGUGAAAAACACCUUAAACCCAACAUGGAGACCAUUUCGAAUCCCUCUACAAGCACUCUGUGGAGGAGAUGUGGAGAAAUCCAUAAAGGUAGAUUGUUAUGACUACAACAACAGCGGAUCUCACGACUUUAUUGGAUCCUUUCAGACGACAGUGUGUCAAAUACAGCAGUCGUCACAAACAUAUGCGGCCGAGUUUGAAUGCGUGAACAGUAAGAAGAAACAGAAGAAGAAAGGAUACAAAAACUCUGGUGUCAUCAUCGUAAAAAAAUGCAAGAUAGUGAAGGAGUAUACUUUUCUGGAUUACAUAAUGGGCGGCUGUCAGCUAAACUUCACUAUUGCUAUUGAUUUCACAGGCUCCAACGGGGACCCCAACACCCCUCGGUCCCUGCACUACAUCAACCCUCAUGGCUACAAUGAGUACCAGUCAGCUAUCUGGUCAGUGGGUAAUGUCAUCCAGGACUACGACAGUGAUAAGAUGUUCCCUGCUUUUGGAUUUGGAGCCAAGGUGCCUCCUACAUGGCAGGUCAGCCACGAGUUUCCCAUCAACUUCAACCCAGCUAAUCCGUUCUGUGCAGGUGUGGAGGGCGUGGUCCAAGCCUACCAGCAGUGUCUUCCCCAGGUGAAGCUUUAUGGUCCCACAAACUUUUCCCCAAUCAUCAACCAUGUGGCUCGUUUUGGUGUGCAAGCCCUUCAGCAGCAGACUGCCUCUCAAUACUUUGUCCUGCUGAUCAUCACUGACGGAGUGAUCACAGACAUGGAUGAGACACGCAGCGCCAUCGUCAACGCCUCCCGUCUGCCCAUGUCCAUCAUCAUCGUGGGAGUCGGGGGAGCAGACUUCGAGGCCAUGGAGUUCCUGGAUGGAGACGAUGGGACUCUGCGCUCUGCUACAGGCGAGGCCGCCAUGCGGGACAUCGUGCAGUUUGUCCCUUUCAGGCAGUUCCAAAAUUGUGCUCCAGAAAUGCUUGCUCAGAGCGUCUUGGCAGAAGUCCCAGGUCAGGUGACGGGCUACUUCAACACCAUGAGUUUGAAGCCUCCUAACGGGGACGCCCCUCCCCCUCCCCCUGACCCCUCAGCAUCAGCACCUCCUCCUGACCUCUCAGCAUCAGCACCUCCCAGUGAUGGAUACUGAAGACCUCCUCCUCUCAGUACACCACAUGAGCAUGAAACAUCAGUCGUGCAUGAUUUGUAAAUACUAUGUACCAAUAGAACAAAGCCAUAGUACAAAGAUAUUGUCUAACAUUUCCUAAUGGUGAUGAUGUUCUUUAUUUGUCCUCUUGGGGAAAUUUGUUAUUUCAUUAUUUUUGGUUCUUUCCUUGAUUAACACACAGUAGUGGUGGUGCCUCAUUCUUGGCCCAUAUUGUUACUUAAAUCAGCAACCCUCCAGGUCCCAAGCCAAGUCCCUGGGGACUGAGCUACUGCUGCCCCACUCCCUAAAGUGCCAGAUUGUAAAGACUUUAGGUAAUUGCAUUGAUCUCCACAAUCUAUGCCAUUAGUUUAAGCCAGUAAUUUACUAAAAGUCUUUGGCAGCUACAGUCACGUCAUUCGUCUGUCAAAAUGUCGACAUUCUGGGCUGAAGUACUAAAUGUGGUGUCCAUGUUUCUGCUAACAUUUCCUCCAAUGGAAAUCACUACUUAUUUUUUGUUUUUUACACUUGCAUGUUUUCUAUAUCAAACAGAAUUCAGUAAUGUUUACAUAAUGGAUCUAUACACAAUGGAUUAAUACAUUUGCCUAAAUGAGUAGAUUUGUAGAUUUUACACCACAAACGCAAUGACAUUCUGUCCUUGCUGCAGUUUUUACUUAAAAUCUGUUUUGUUUUUAAUUUGAUAGUAUUUGUUAGCUGCAUGUUUACACUGAUGCACACUAGAAGUUAACUCUUCUCACUUAACUGUUGAAAAUGGCCUUAUACAUUUCAUGAAGUGCACAUGUGUAUUUCUUUAGACAAGUUGUUUACACCAAUCAUGUGUGGCAUUGUGUUACGUAUUAUACUUGUCUUUGUCAUUAACUUUGAUUUUAUUAAUGUUUCAUGUAAAUAUGACUUGCAGCUUAUUCAAUAUUUUGUGUAAAAUUCUUAAUUUUUUUUAAAGGUUGCUGCUACCUUCAUAUGAUAUUAAAGAAAUAUUGUAUAACUUA